AUGAAAUGGAAGAAGAAGGGGCAGCAGAGGAGGACGGCCAAAGGGGAGGAAGAGAGGAGGACGAGGAGGAGGGCAGCGAGGCAUGGUGUCAGUAACAAGGGCAGUAAUCUUACAGCGGGGGGGAGAGGCUCCCAGCAGCACCGGCGGCAUCCUGCUCCAGCGGCGUACACGGCACUAGAGGCAGAACAGACAGGGACAGAUGUUUCCGAGGACGAGGAGGAGGAGGGCGGCAGGUUGAAUGAAAGGCCUGAGAUGGCAGAGUUGCUCUCAGAGGAGCAAUUCGUUUCUGUUUUGCAGAGUCUUCCCCAGCCCGUCAUACACAAUACUACUGAAGUGUUGAUGUUCCAAGAAGUGUGGGGUCGCAGCUUCUGCCGGACCAUUGAGAAGCUGGUGGAGGUGGUGCAAGAGUACCCGACAGAGGUGGAGCACAUCUACAGCCCCGCCUGUGUGCCGCUUGUGAGGUGUGCAGGUUGCUGCGGGGAUGAAAACCUGGAGUGCCAUGCCACCCUCACCACAAACGUCACAAUGCAGCUGUUGAAAAUCAGGCCAUCAGAGCCCGGUCAAGAAUAUGUUGAGAUGACGUUUGUGGAGCAUCAGACAUGUGAAUGUAGAGUCAAGAAACCUAUUGUGAAAGUUGAAAGGAAAAGGCAACGAGGACGAGGAAGGAAGAGAAAAGAGAAACAAAAACCAAAACCAAAAGAGUGUGACAGUUGCCAGAACCCUCGCAGGUAACUGCAGUGGCGACCCAACCCCAUUUGCGGUGUGGCUCGCUAUUUAUUUCUAACCCAGUAUCAACAUCAAGAGUCUCCCUCGCUUAUCUAUCAAUACUGUGUCUGCAGCCAGAGACUCUAACAGCUGGGUUGUUUUGCUGACAUGCCAUCCUGACGAUGGCCCGAGUGUUUUAAUGACAAGCUUCAGUCAGAAGUGUGUUUUGAUUGGUGGAAUCACUGCUGUUACACAACGGACACAAUGGACAUCCCUGGGAGCCAGUGCAAUGUAGAACCAAACAGACAAUCUUUUAUUUUACACUAGUUAUGACUGUACCCGUUAUUGUAAUUUGGUCCUUUCUUUGGUAUUUGAAGUUGGUUACAUUUGUUUUGAUUCUAUAUUUAUUGAUGAUACAGCUGAGUAUAAUUUGACUAUCAACUGUCUUUGGUUCAAACAUUAUCCAUGACGCCUUGACUUGUCAUAGCAGCAUAUUAUGUUGGACUGUGAAGCUGCUUUGUACAGGACAUAAUGAAAUGUCUCCCUCUAGUGUUUAUUGAAACAGUGUUUUUUUCUAUAUUUUUUCCUGCAAAAUCAUUUAAUGUUGUUCAAUUAAAAGAUGUCAUUUAUUUUUGGACAACUGUUAUGACCAUAUCUGUGAACAAGAAUGUAGAAAAGCUAGAGCAUAUUACAUAUAAGCAGGAUGGGGGCAAAAAUCUGAAAAUUAGUUUUUGGAAAAGUCAAUGUUGAUGCUCCCCACAUUGGCUUUACAUUAAUUUGGCAUGGUAGUGCCCAAAACAGCUUUGGUGCUGCACCUAGGCCUUAUAUUUACAAUCACUGUAGUCAGGAAGAGAUCAAUUGAAGUAUGUAAAACGAUGUAAAAAUGUAAAACAAUGUCCUUUUGUAUUUUUUGUUUAUGUACUUACCUACACAAAGAACAUCUAUAUGAAAAUGUACAAAGUAACAUUUCUACUGUGUGAGUAUUUUUAUCUCAUUGAAAUAUUUAUUUUGUAAUUAAAUUGUUAUGAUUGUCGGUUUGGGUUGUGUAAUUUAUUUUAUUAAAUAGAGACUAAUCGUACCGGUACCAAUGACUAAUAGUAAGUAAAAGUCGAUUGCUGUCAUUGUCAUGAAGCUUUUCACACUCUUCAUAAAUAAUAGCCAACAAUUUUAGUUUUUGAAAAUUGUUUAUAAGAAAAGUUCACAGAAAAAUA